AUGAAAUAAGAAAAAGAGAUUAUAUUCAAUGGAGAAUUCGAAGACAGUGAAGACGAGGACGAGGAUUAAUCCUAAGAUUAUGACAGUGAUGAAGAUUUGAAUAAAAAGAAGAAAAAGAAAUCCCUUUAAAACACAAAUAAAAAUUUAAUUAUGAAUGUUUCAGGUAUCUCAGACUUAGCUAAAUAGACACUCAGUAUCCCGUAGUGAAAUUUGUAGGAAAAAUGAUUAAUAAGUUUAAACUACAAUAUGUUCCAUAUUAAGAAAUUAAUAAUUGGGAUUUUUGUUGGACUGACAAUGCUGUUCUCCCUGAAACAUUAGCCAAAAUGCAAUGUAACAAACAUUUUAUAUUUAUAUUUAUAGCUCAUUAGAAGAUUAACCAUUUUCCAGGCAUGUAUUCAUUGGCACGCAAAAACCAUCUGGGCAAGAAUUUGAACAAAAUGCAAAAGCAGUUUCCAGAAGAAUAUGACUUUUAUCCGAGAACUUGGAUGUUACCAAGUGAGUACAAUGAUUUCAAACAAUAAUUUGGAAAGGCUAAAACAUUUAUACUCAAACCUGAGGCAUCAUGUUAAGGCAGAGGUAUGGUUCUCACUUGAUAUAAAUAGGGAUUUUCUUAACUCGGUCCAUAGAAUCAAUUAAUCCUACUGAACAUUACGUUGCGCAAAGAUAUAUUCAUAAGCCACUUCUUAUUGAUGGAUUAAAAUUUGAUUUGAGAAUGUAUGUGUUGAUUUGUGGCUGCGAUCCCUUAAGACUUUAUUUGUAUAAGGAAGGCCUAGCAAGAUUUGCAACUCAAGCAUACAUAGCUCCUAACCUAAAUAAUUUAGAUGAUAUAUGCAUGCAUUUAACAAAUUAUGCAAUAAAUAAGGAUAAUCCAAAUUUUAUUUUCAAUCAAGAUGAAAAGAAAAUGGAUGUUGGACACAAAAGAAGUAUGUCGAGUGUUUUUCAACUUCUAAGAGAUUUGGUAAUUAUUUUAAUUGAAAUUAGAAUCAUAAUGUUGAUCAAUUGAUGGAUGAUAUAAAAGAUUUAAUAAUAAAAACUUUUUGUUCAGUUUAGCCAAUUUUACAAUAAAAUUACACUCAAGUUGAUAAUUAUGCUAAUAAUAUGUGUUUUGAGAUUCUUGGCUUUGAUAUUCUUAUAGACAGUUCUUUGAAACCAUAUUUACUUGAAGUUAAUCAUACGCCUAGUUUUACAGCGGAUACACCGUUGGAUCAAUACAUUAAAAAGAAUUUAAUAGCCGAUACUAUUACACUAAUGAAUAUCAAUCUAAAAACAAAGAAUGAGGUUAUUUAACAGAAAAAGGAUGAAAUGUAGAAGAGAGUGUUGACAGGAAAAAAGACAAAGCUAACAAUUGAAGAAAAGAAAUAAAUCAAAUUAUAACUUUAAAAAUAAAGAGACGACUAUGAAUCGUAGAAUAAGGGUAAUUAUGAAUUGAUUUACCCAUGUUCCAAAUCUUAUGAAGAAUAUUUAUAACAUUCUUUAAAGAUCUAUGAGGAAUGGACUGGAGCAAGUAAGUUAUUAUUUAAUUUACUUAGACAUAAGAAGAAACCAGAAAAAGGAAUCUAUAUAAAUAAAUUAAGAUUCUCAAAAUAAAUCUUAAUCUUUACCUAAGAAGAUUUAACUUGAGAAGAGAAGCACUCUGUAUAAACAUAUUCAGAGCAGAAUCAAUACUAAUUUAUUUCCUAUUAUUAAAAAUGAAUAGAAUAAAGGCAAUGAAGUAAUUUAAGAAGGGGAAGAGCAACCUCCAAAUUAAAUAAUUACCAUACCUGAAGUUGACAAUGAUAAUUACGUUCCUUACGAAGAUUAUUAAUAAUAGUCAUUGGAAUCAAUAAAAGAUUAUUAUGCUUACACAGAUAAAAGAGGAUUGGAAUUGUAGAUUUUGGACUUUUUUUAAUAAAGAAAGGCCGAAAAAAGAUUAAAUAAUUCGCACAUUCAGUAUCAAAAUGGACAAAACAUCUAAUCUCCACUUUCAUAAAUUAAGGGAGUCUUAUAGGGUAUAGCAAUUAAAAAUGUCAGACAGUUUGCAAUUAAAAAGAAUACUAAAAAUAUGAAGAUCUCUUAAAAAUAGAAUUAGGAUAAUGAACAGGAGAAACCAUAAGAGAAUCCAUCUAGACAAUAGAUAAUAUCAUCUUAAUUUACAUAUUAAUAGACCAACCCAUAGGGAAUGACUGGUGCCUAUCUUAAACCCAAGGUGUUUAGUUUAAAAUUGUAACAUCCUCCAAAAGGAUACAAAUUACAAUCUCUUCCUUUAUUGAUGCAAUAAAAUAGUACUAAAUUUAGGUAUGAAUGA